AUGAAUUCAAGUGGAGAGGAUGAAGCGAGACAAGAACAAUUGCGAGAGUUUCUAAAGCAAUAUAAACUGGACCACUAUGCUGCCACACUCAUUGAAGAAGGAUUCGAUAGGUUAUUAUCUUUAUUUGAUAUCACAGAAACAGAUUUAAUUUCAUUAAACGUUAAGCGUGGGCAUCGACGAUUACUGCAACGGGCCAUAGCAACCGCUCGUGGUGUUCCUAUUUCUACGCCGAUUUUAAUAAAUUAUGGAUAUGAUGAACCAGGGACUUCCCAUAUGCCAAAACCAGGAACAGUAACCACGACGACGACGACGACCCGAUUCAUUCCAGACGACCAUACAACUCGACGCAGUAGUCCAAAUACGUACUAUAAUAAUCACCAUCAUGUUCAAAAGAAGCGAAAGCAACAUGUGCCUUCAAAACCAAUUACUGCCUUUGAUGAAUUCCUCAAUGAAUUAAAACGAGACUUAAGUGGGACUUCCAUACCCGAAAUUACCUCCAUUGCAUACGAUCGCUGGAAUUCAUUAACGAGUACCGAAAAGGAAAAGUACGAACGAGAGGCAUUGCAUGCAAACUCGGACUAUGUGAUGGAUCGCUUUUUAUUUGAAGAUGACAAUGACAGGGUACGCACUGGGCUAGGCUAG